UUUACGGCACACUUUCGAUUUAACGUCCAAACACGUCGCUAUAUAAGAAAUAACCACAUACGUAUGACAUAUUAUACUUACGUACAUAUUAUAUCGAACACGACGUCUCGUUUGGGUGACUUCACAUUAUUAUUUUCAUUGUUGUAAUGCGUUAUACUAUUAGUACUUAGUACUAUUUACACCGCGAAACAGUUACAAUAUUGUUAUAAUAUUAUAAUAUUAUUUAGACGGAUUAAUAAUAUUAUCUGCUAGUACGCAUCCGCGCGCACCAAUCGUAUCGAAUUCCCGACAUCGUUCAGUAUAUAUACUUAUAACAGCAUGGAUUCGGCCAAAUUCAACAUUGCUUUGGUUAUAUUGCAAUUGACCGGAAUGUGCAUGUGCCAAAAGCUCGGUGCGGUUUACCGGAGACCGGUGACCCCGGACAGGCAGAUCGCAGUCGCCCAGCAGCAGUUCGCGAACGAAGCGGCGCAACAGUCGAUGACCGCCGGCGACGCUUACCAACAGUACCCGGAACAACAGUACAACUACCCGACGCAGCCGUACUACUAUCCGUCUCAGCAGAAACAGACCUUGGAGAAGCAACAGCAGGCUAGGUUGGAGCAACAACAGCUCCAGCUCCAGCAGUUGCAGCAGCUCCAGUCGCCGUACAAGCAACAGCCCCUGUCGGCCUGGGAUUACUAUCAACCGGCGGCGUCACCGCAGCAAUACAGCAGUGAAUACCAACAGCAAGUGCAGCAACUGCAGCAAUUGCAGCAGCUACAGCAGCAGCAACCGCUACAACAGCAAUUGCAGCAGCAGUAUUACCAGACCGCGGAGAAACCACUGUUCAGGCCUGCGACCAUACCGGUGAACGAGGCGCCCGCCGAGGGUCCGCAGCAACAGAAGCCGAACUUGAACUUGUACCAGCAGCAAAACGGAGCGUCGGCCAAUCAGCAAUUGCCAAACCCGCUGGGAGUGUACUACUCUUCGGCCGCUGACGUGUCGAAAUUUCAAUUCUCGGGCAACGGCGUUAGCUAUUCGUACUGAAUAAUGUGUGAAUUUUGUUAUGUUUUUAUUUUAUUUUAUUAUUGUUUUUUUUUUUUGUUUUGUUUUUAUUUUUAUUAAUA